AUGGAACUUGUUAUCUCAGUUUAUAAAAGUUUCAGAAAACGAAAACCUUUUACCAUUAAAGUCCUAGGACACAGUUACGCAUCAAUAAAAAGAUGUUUAGAGCAUAUAUCUCAAAAUAUAGAAGAAAAAAGUGUUGUAAGAGUUGAAGCGGCUUCUUUUGCCGAGAAAUUAGAUCUUCUGGAAAAUGGCAUUCUUUUAACAUUUUGGUUGGAUAUUUUACACCGAACUAAUGAUAUAAAUAAGGCUUUACAACAAGACAAUAUGGAUCUAAGUACCACAUCUAACCUUUUAUCUUCAUUGGCCCAAUACUUUCAAUAUUUAAGAAACGAGUUUGAUCAAUAUGAAGCUAAAGGAAUAGCUGGCAACGAAAAAUACAUAGAACGGCGAAGCACUGAAAGAAAAAGGCAUUUUGGGGAACCAAAUACAGAAGUUAUUUUGGAUCCUAGAAAGAAAAUAAGAUCGCAGAUUUACCUUCCAAUCCUUGACAAUCUUCAAACAGAAAUUAUUCAUAGAUCCGAAGCGUACAAAACAGGUUCAGCUCUUUUAGAAUUUUUGUUUAAUUUAAAAAAAUUAAGUGACAAAGCUAUAUUAUUAAAUGCACAAAAAUUAAAAGAGACAUAUAUGGAAGACUUAGACGAGCGUUUUCCUCAAGAAUUUUCAAAAAAUUCCUAA